AAGAAGAAGAACGCCGUUGCUAUGCGACAGUGUGGCAACACACUCACCCGGUCCUUGGUUCACAUCAUUUGAGCUAGCAUCCACAUUUUAACUUAAGAUCUCCGUGUUUUUGUGUCCACCUUAUUACCCACUGCUCCAGCCAUGCCUCCUCCAGACACAAUGUACUGUGCCCAGCAAAUCAACAUCCCUCCCCAGCUGCCAGACAUCCUCAAAAACUACACCAAGGCAGCCAUCCGUACGCAGCCAAAGGAUUUGCUGCUGUGGUCUGCGGCAUACUUUAGUGCGCUGUCUAAAGGAGAGUGUCUACCUGUUAAGGAAAGGCUGGAGAUGAAUGUUGCCACCCAGAAGACGGACACUGGUCUGACUCCAGGUCUACUUAAGAUUCUCCAUAAACAGCUGUCCCCCGGGCCAACAUGCAGCCAGGAGGAUCUGCAGAAGAAAUGGACGGGUCUAUGUCUACCCAUGGACCAGCUUGAGUCCCUGCUGUCACUGGGCGGCUUCGGCUCAGAUAUUGACUGGAUGGACUUUUUUGCACUGGGCUGCAGUGCUCUGGGAGGGACCCUCAUGAGUUCCCUGAAGGUUGCCUGUGAGAUCCUGACAGAGGAUGAGGAGGGCGGUGCUGCAAGGAUCCCGUUCGACAUCUUUGUCAACCUUUACACUUACCUGGCCCAUCUGGAUGGGGACAUGCCACAGGAUCACAUUGACAAGUUCCUCAGCAGCCUGCAGCCUCAAGUCAACAAGCAGAACGGCAUGAUUCAGGUUUCCAACUUCUACAUCAGCAGGAAGUGAGGGAAAGGAGAGACGGAAAGCAAUGGAAGCCAGGAAGGAAGGAAUAGAAGUAACAAAAUGACAGUGUUCAAUUAAUAAAUGGGCCUGCUAACGCUCCUUCAAGCA